AAAAAGAGGAGCAACGAAAUAAGCCAUUCCAAUUGCUACGCUUGUCAUACAGUAGAGCUACUGCUUCUAAAUUUGCGCAAUAUACGCGAGAUUCUAUUGCUGCAUACGUAUUCAGUUGACAAUUUGAGAUCGUUGUUGCUCAAUACCGGAAGUUCUGCCAUCGCCGCCGCAGACGGCGUAUCUUCUCGCCGGUGAUCGGAUUCCGCCGUUGAUCAGGCUUUGGAAACCGUCGCAUUCUCAUUCCGCGAUUUGCCGGAACCCUAGAAGUUUACAAGUGAUCACUUCUUUAAGGGCUGGACAGCACUGCAAGUUACUAGCAGUUGCAGGGGGGAGACUUGACGUGACUGCGGUCAGGCUUCACUUGCUAAUUUAACCUUCCUAAAUUCUUGAUGCAUCAUCAGAUUGAUAUUCUCUGAGCACAAACUCUUGAACAUUUUUGGCACAUGAGGAACAAUGCUAACUUGUUUAAAUAACCAUAAUAUAGUACUUUUUCACCAGCCUCCAUUGCAACCAGUGAGGGGACUUUUACUAUAUCAGCAAGGUGUAGCCGUGUAGAAGAUUCAACAAAAUAAAAAAGCAGAAAAUCAUGAAGCCGCCAUCAGAGAAGAAAUUCCCUCUUACUGCUAAAGAUUACAAGUUGUGUGAGGAAAUUGGAGAAGGGGUCAGUGCUACUGUUUAUAAAGCCCUCUGUUUACCGCUUAAUGAGAGUGUUGCAAUCAAAGUUCUUGAUCUUGAGAAGUGCAAUAAUGACUUGGAUGGCAUCCGGCGAGAGGUACAAACAAUGAUUUUGACAGAUCAUCCGAAUGUAUUGCAAGCUCACUGUUCCUUCACUGUGGGCCAUAACCUAUGGGUUGUGAUGCCAUACAUGGGAGGGGGAUCUUGCCUUCACAUUAUUAAAUCAGCUUAUCCCGAAGGUUUUGAGGAACCUGUUAUUGCAACAGUAUUGUGUGAGGUUCUUAAAGCUCUUGUGUAUCUUCAUGCCCAUGGACAUAUUCACAGAGAUGUAAAGGCUGGUAACAUAUUGAUUGAUACUAAUGGUUCUGUCAGAUUAGCGGACUUUGGAGUUGCUGCUUGCAUGUUUGAUACCGGUGAUCGCCAGCGUUCAAGAAAUACUUUUGUUGGAACCCCAUGCUGGAUGGCUCCUGAAGUCAUGCAGCAAUUGCAUGGAUAUGAUUUUAAAGCAGAUAUCUGGUCGUUCGGAAUAACAGCACUUGAACUUGCUCAUGGACAUGCACCAUUUUCCAAGUAUCCACCUAUGAAGGUUCUGCUGAUGACCUUGCAAAAUGCUCCACCAGGGCUGGACUAUGAAAGAGACAGACGCUUUUCUAAGUCUUUCAAAGAUUUGGUUGCUGCUUGCUUAGUAAAGGAUCCGAAAAAACGUCCCAGCUCUGAAAAGCUUUUGAAGCACCCUUUCUUCAAACAUGCUAAGCCAGCUGAUUAUUUGGCUCGUGCUAUCCUCGACGGCUUAUCCCCACUUGCUGAAGGUUUUAGGAAUCUUAAGGCUAAAGAUGCAGAACUUCUUAUGCAAAAUAAGUCAUUAUAUGAGGACAAAGAACAUCUAUCACAGCAAGAGUACAUUCGAGGUGUCAGUGCGUGGAAUUUCAAUCUGGAGGAUCUAAGGAAUCAGGCUGCCCUUAUUGAAGAUGACCCUACAUCAUGUUCAGAAGACUCAAGUAUGAGAUGGAAACACAUCAAUGGUCAGAAUGAUCUCAACCAGACAAAUAAUUCCAGUGCUGCUUCUCAUUUGGAAGAUGAGCUCAAUGACAUCGAUGAUUUGGAGAAGUCAUUAGCUGCAUUUCCUAUAAAACCUCUACAGGCUCUCAAAGGUUGUUUUGAUGUACAUGAGGAUGACCCUGGUAGUCCAAGUUCAAUAGAUUCCGCCCACUUAGACUCCGAACAACAAAGCCAACAACAGCCAUUGACAACUGCUGCAGACGAAGAAACGGCAAAAAAUAACGGUGGAGAUUCUCGUCUAAGUCUUAAAAGAAUUCCCAGCAUCCCUGUACUGCAGGAAAAUAGCCUCCCUGCUAAAAGUUUCAAUGGUGAUGGAGACAGGGAAAAUAUGCCACAGAGAUACCAGGUGGAGCGAAAUUGUAGUGGUCCGCUGCAGAAUCGUCAAAGAAAAGAUUUCAAUUAUUCUGGGCCCGGAGAGGAUGCAUCAGAAGGGGCUGUGGUCGAGCGCAGAGGGCGGUUCAAAGUAACUUCAGCAGAUGUGAAUAUCAAGGAUCCGGUGAACCAUGUUAACUCGAUUUCUGGUAGUUCUGCAUUCCCAACGAAUUCUAGUGUCUUGAAUGCUUCAGUUCUCCAGUCAUUGCAGUGCAUAUUGCAGCAUAAUACAAUUAAAAGAGAUGGACUGCUCAAAAUGAUCGAGUUUGUGGAACAAACAUCAGGAAAUGCUAGUGAGUCAACAGAUGCAGGAAUAACCGACCUUUUGCAGAUGAACCCUAGUUCAGCACGCGAACGCGAGCUGCAAGCUCAAGUGAUUCAAAUGCAACAAAGUGUCGGAGGUAUGGUUGAGGAACUACAGAGACUCAAGGCUAAGAACACUAAGUUGGAACGAGAACUAUUCAUGAUGCUCAAGAAAGAUGACAAGAUACCAGAAUAAUGAGAGACACAAGGGAAGCUCGUGAUUCAUCAAAUUUAUCCUCUGUUUUUCUCUAGGAAAUUUUCCUGUGUAUAUACUUCCAAUGCAGCUUUGGUUUGUAUGCUGAGGUUUUGUGUUAAUUGUGAGCUUGGUCCAAUUGUUUGUUUGACAUUACAAUCAUGAGUUGCUGCAGUUUCUUAGUGGAGAUACCACUUCAUUGUAUUGAAGCAUUUUUAUCAA